UUCUAGGAUUUAAAAGGGAUGUCACCUGGUAAAUGUAUUUUAGCAGUCUUGACAAAAAUUGAUUUAAAUAGUACUCAAGUUUCCUAUGAAAGCUGCUGGUGGUGAGUUGCUUCUGACAUGGAAUACUGAGCACAGUCAGAACAAAAAUUUUUCCUGCCAUGAGUUGCAAGGGAGGUAGAAACACCCUGGUGUGAUAUCAGUUCCUGGGGACUAAGUUUAAGCUUGUAAUGCAUCCUUUUCUAUUUCAAAGGGAGGGCUAAUGUUUAAUUCUGAAGGUUUAGUUUAUAUAUUUUAAAGACUAAGUAGUUAAUAUUUGUAUAGUUUAUUAAAUGCAGUAAUCAUCUUUUAAAAAUGAGACAUUAAGUGUAUUCUCAGGCCUGUGGUUAAAAGAUUUGCUAUGCAGCAUCUGUCCUGUGUGUAUUAUUAUCUUCAAAUUAUUUGGUCUAUCCUGUUCUAUCCUGGCUUUUCAUCAAUUUUUUUUCUCCUUUUUACUUAUUUAACCAACCAUGUGUGGAGAAUAUAACCAAGGCAGUAGAAGACUUAUGAGUGCUUUGAUUUCUUACCAUCUGGCAUAGAAAAAGUCCCAUAUAUUUUGCUUUGCUCUUGGAAACAAAAUGGAAAUGUACAGGUGAACAGUGACUUAUCAGUCAUCAGCACUUGAAGCACUUGAUACUAAUCACCAUCAGGAGAUACCGAAUGAAACUUAAAUGGGAUAUGAAUGAUGAUGUAGUGUUUUCAUAUUGGUGGGAGGGGGAGGGUUUCCCUCAUUUUUUGGAAGUCAUUGAGGAAGUUCACAAAACAGAACAUUCCAUUCAACAUAAAUCUUUUUUUUUUUUUAUCCAGAUCUCCAGAAUUGAAAUGAAGCAUCCAAGCCCUUUGUCAACUAGCACACCAAAUAUGGAACUUGUCACACCAGGGUCAGCAAAAACACCUUCACCUGCUACAGCUAAUGAAAACCAUCUCAAAACCAGCAAAAAGAGAAAAGCUAUGGACUUCCUCAGUUGCAUACCUGCCCCUCCACCACUGACACCAAUAUGUUCCGUAAUUUCUCCAUCUGUUAAAAGAGCAUUUCAGCCUCCACGAAGUUUGGGUUUACAGCACAGCAAGUCACCUAAAGGGACAGAUCAGAAUAUUGGCCUUGUCACCCCUUGCAGAAAAGUGAGAGAAACUGUCCAUCUUCCUGAGAAUGACCUGGUUGCUGAUGAAGAACUGGCAAUGAUUAAUACACAAGCACUCAUGAAUAAUUUACCAGAAGAAAAGAAGAUGGAUUACGUAAAUGAAAACAGCAAUGCAACAGCUACUACUUUAUCUGAUGAUCUUCCAUCCAGAAAAAGUUCCAGGUCUGCUGGGGAAGCAAAUAACUCCUCAAAAGCAGUUCUGAAGUAGCUGAGGCUCUUCAGCAGAACCCAAAGGAAC